AUGGACCCUAACCAUCCUUCUAACACUUCCAUUGUCCGCGGUCGUGGCUCUCCUCCCAACCAACCCGUUUUCCAUGUACGACCUAUUAACCAGUCCAACAAUGUCUAUUUCCAUCCCCAGUUCCAGCCCCAGCCCCAGCCUCAGUUCCAGCACAUGCCCCAGUUCCAGCGCCGUCCCCAGUUCCAGCCUAGGCCUCAGUUCCAGUCCCGUCUCCAGUUCCUGCCCCAGCCCCAGCAGCAAAUCUCUCCUUCUUCUCAGUUUGCUCUUGUUCCUGCACGGGCACAGCCUUCCAUAGACUACCCUCCUUACGACAAUAUGAUCUGUGACGCAAUCAGGGACUUGAACCAACCAGGUGGUUCGACCAAGCAGACGAUCUCGACGCAUAUCAAGAGAUCGAACGCUGUUUUGCCUCCUUCUCACGAGGUUUUGAUGACUUACCAUCUCAAGACGUUGAAGAAUAAUGGCGUUCUCACCAUGGUUAACAAAUCAUACAAGAUCGCUGCUGCUGCUGCUCCUCCUCCUCCUCCUCCUCCUCCUCGGCAGAACGUGGCUGUUGCGAGAGAUAUAGUGGCUCCCAGAUCUGAGGUUUUUCUGAGGAACACCUCUCCUCUUGCUCUGCUGGCUGCUUCUGCUUCUGCUUCUGGCUCCGCUUGGGCUUUGCCUUCUCAGCCUCAGAGGCGAGGCCCUGGACGCCCUCCAAAGGCUAGGCCCGAAGCUCCACAAGAGCAACAACCCAUCAAUGCUCGACCCGUCGCCGUCCUGUCCCGCGGACAGUCAAGCCGUGAGCAACCCGAGUUGCCUGUAACCAAUCCUACCCAGGUGGUUUCUGAUUCGGCAAACGGACGACCUGGUCGUCGUCCAAGGAGAGACGAAGCUGUUCCGGUCGCUCCAACUGCGGGUGUGAUUCUAGGUCUUCCAAAUGCAAGCAUGCAAGGCAGGGGUAGGCCACCGAGUCUUAGAGCUGCUGGGAGACAGAGGAAGAGGCAACUCAUAGGUGAAUCUAGCGGUGGAGUCGCCAACGCUGCUCCAGCUGGUGGAGAAACUGUGGCGGUUGCGUCAAAGAUGAGGCGUGGACCUGGACGUCCACCUAAGAUCGUUAGGAACAGACCCAGAAAGAGUGCCACACCAAUGUCCAUCAGGGAAGCUACCGGGACAUUGGAAUCUGACUAUGGAGAACUCAAGAGAAAGCUUGACUUUGCUUGUGAGAAAGCAAAAGAAAUCUUGGAUGGCUUGAAUGCUGGUAUUGGAGGCAACGGCGUUAUAGCAAUGUCGCAAGUUAGACAGGAGGUGGAAGGACUACUACCAAUAUUGAUUGUGGAGCCACAUGGGGUGGGACAAGUGCAGCCACAAGCCGUGGAAGAAGUGGAGCCAGAAGCCAUGGAAGAAAUGCCCCCAGAGGAGGCAGCAGCCCAGACUGAAGCUGAAACCCAAGGAGAGGAACAUGGACAAGAAGUCGAGGAAGGAGAACAAGCACAGCCCAAGCCUCAGCCUCAGACCGAAGCCGAGGCAAUGCAAGGCCCAGAUCUGAUUUCUGAAGAAUAAUGGUCCGACAAAGACAUCCUAGACAUAGCCUUGGUGUUUAUGGUUAGGAGAGUUAUUUUUUAAUAGUUGUUGCAUCUAUCUUUAUUUAAAACUCAUUUGCAUUUUGAAUUUAAUAGUUUGGUAUAGAAGAAACAAAAGGCAUUGUGUUGUCGUUGUGUUCUGACUAACCAAACAGUUAGAGGUUGUUGUAAUUUAGAGGGGAUAUUUCCAGUGUUGGAUGUUUUCUCUUUUAU